UCAAUGCGAAGAAAGGUGUGCAAGGAUCUACCUCUAAGAAGAAGAGAAUGGGCCAGGAAAAUUCAGAAAAAACAAGUACUUCGAAGAAGGGGAAAGCUGAUCGUGUCCCAGCCAAGGACAAGUUAGGCUCUUGCUUACCUACAGCAAGGGCCCAGACGUGUACCCCCCUGAACGUUUCGGUUGAAUAA